AUGAGUUCUUUCGCUUUUGUCACAUUUGCAGACGAAGCGGCGGCGAAGAAAGCACUGAUGGAGGGGACGCCGCAUGUUUUAAAAGGAUUCAAGCUUGUCGCAGAUCAGGCAUUUCGAAAGAAAAUUCCUCCUUCACGCUCUGCUGAUGCACAACCGUCAAAGAAUCCGCACCCACAACCUUUUUACGAAGACCAAAUAUCAAAGAAGAUGGCUGACAUCAACCUGAAGUCACGAUAUUCUACGGCAGUAAACACGGCAUUGCCACCGGAUUGCACCAGUGAUCAACCAGCAGAGGAUUUUUUGCGCAACGAAACGCCUACCGGUGGUAACGUUGAAACACCUCGUCAACAGUAUUGGACUCCGAAUGCUGAAGCAACUGUGCUGAUUCCUCGGCAGAACAUUUGGCUGCCUUUCCUUAACUCGUCAUUCGCACCAGUUUCACAUCCAGUUCCCGAUGAACAGCCGGAGCGAAACCUUACGUCCCAUGAACUGCUGGUUUCUUGUACGAUCGAGUGCCAAGAAGUUCUUAACGAAGUGUUCAGUUCAUAUGCCCAACAAUUGCAAACGCAUUGCAUCGAUUUGAUGAAAACUUAUACGCAGUAUUUCUUCGACACUGUUGAGCAAGAAAAAAUUAAGCGGAGCGUCGCUUUGCUGAGGUCAAUAUAUUCAAACGCUGUUGCAGCAAGGGCGGCAAUAAAUAGCGGAAACGUCGCUUCCUUCAAUCCGAACGUCAGCCAGUGGUUCCCACCGGCGGCUUCAAGUACCACACAGAAAGACAUCUACCGCGCUCCGCAUUAA